AUGGUCACAGCAGCCUCUUUUACAGCUCGACUAUCACUUCGAUGUUCGUCAAUUUUUCUUGAUGCUUUAUUUGAAGCAGCGAAAUAUGGCACUGUCUUGUCAUUGGGAUUGUCCAGGAACGCUUUGACAAACGCAUUGUCCACUGCAAAAAAUAUACAUGAUACUUCACCUAAAAGAACGAAAUACACGGAUAUCGGGCUGCACAUUGUCAGUCAUACAUUCUCUUUGGCUGAGUUAUUUGCCAUCUCUGGAUUGCAAUUUACCUCAAGGACAAUCCAAUCUAGUCUUAAGGUUGCAGAGGAGUCAGUUAGAAUUAUUGACGGCAUUUUUGGAUCUAACGAUACAUCGCGUGCGAUUGCUUCUAUCAUCACACUCGUCCACCGAGAGCUUGUUCAAGAUCCAGAAUUUGGUCUAGCAAAAGCUGGCAAGAUUGCUAUUCUAGCUGGACUAACAAAAGCCCUUACAGCAUUUGCGGUACUACAAAAUGUGACACAUAAACGAAUGAUGAAACAUAUUCCCAUGACAAAAAAAUCAAGCUAUCGCAACAAUGAUAUGGAUAAUAUCAUGUAUUAUGACCAUGGCUGGAAUUUUCCUCAGACACACAUUGUUCACAAUAUUGCUCAUUUUAUGAGAUAUGCAAGUGCAGCCUAUGGUGAAUCAUUUAUGCGCAUCUUGGGUAUUGGUGAUAUCCCUACUGUCUUACCCAACUCACACCAUCAUCACCCCAAUCACCAUGCAUUUGCACAUCAUACAGGCAAUUCUGUUGAAGAUAUUCUUCUAUCAAGUUAUACUAAUAGAUCACCACUCUAUCUGCACAACCCUUCUAUUCAUGCACUGGUGCAUUAUGUUACUGUCGAUCAUGCUGCAAAAGCCAUUGUAUUAACUUGUCGUGGUACACUCGGACUAAGCGACCUUCUGACAGACCUCAGCUUUGAUUAUACUGACUUCAAUUUGCCUAGUGAGUCAACCAAGUUUUUUAAGGCACAUAGUGGUAUGCUAGAUGCAGCACAAUUACUUGCCAAGGAGAAGGGUGAAGUAUACCAAAAAAUAAGGCAAGGGCUUCAAAGCUAUCCUGACUACGGUUUGGUCAUGUGUGGUCAUUCAUUAGGUGGUGGUGUUGCUAGUUUAUUGUGUGUUUUGUGGAGUCAACAGAUCAAACGCGAUCAAGGUAAUAAACGAUUGCCUUCAUUUGUCACUUCAAAUCAAUCUGGCUUGCCUGCAGGCCGACCAAUUCAUUGUUAUGCUUACGGACCUCCUGGUGUCAUGUCCCUUGAACUAAGCAACUACUGUGCUGGCCUCGUAACAAGUGUUGUCUAUGGCUAUGAUAUUGUUUCCAGUCUCAGUUGGGGUAUUCUCAAGGAUUUCAAAAAUAUUGCGACUAGUCUGCACACAGAGGCCGAUGUUGCCGAAGAAAUUAUUGCACGCGUCAUUGGAAGGAUGCAAGAACAAAAUUAUAAAAAUGAAGACGAAUUAAAUGAAGACGACCAAUGGUUUUGGGCCAUGAUUAAGACAAUGCGGGCAGAUAUGACAGCAGAAAAAAUGUAUCCCCCGAGUAUUGUGUACUCAAUAGAAACUAUACCGCACGUUAAAGAACAGCACAAAGUAGUUCUUUAUCGAUGUGACGAUGUACAGGCUCGCUUUUCAGAAAUUGUAUUUUCAAAAACAAUGUUUAUGGAUCAUUCGCCUUUGAUGUAUGAAAGAGCUAUCAAGAAGCUAUGUCGUAGUUUUACAGAAUCAUUUUCUGAAUAG